AUGAGCCAAACUCCAUUCCAGUGUCUGCCACACACGCCGGUGAACCAACCUGCAGCCGUGCCCGUGGUCACGCGGCGCCGGCGCCAGCUGAACGCAGCAGAUGGCGGCAGGACCGGGGCCCGGGAGGCUGGCUGGCUGGUGGAAGUUUGCCCCGGCACGGAGAACAAGCUCAGCACUCUGUCGGACCUGGACCAGCAGUACCGCACCCUGAAGAAGCUCUACGAGAACUGUGAGGUCGUCAUGGGCAACCUGGAGAUCACCAGCAUCGACCGGAACCGCAACCUCUCCUUCCUCAAGUCGAUCCGAGAGGUGACCGGCUACGUGCUGGUGGCUCUGAACCAGUUCGACUACCUGCCGCUGGAGAACCUGAGAAUCGUCCGCGGCACCAAACUCUACGAAGGCCGCUACUCGCUCGCCAUCUUCCUCAACUACCGGCGGGACGGCUACUACGGCCUGAGGCAGCUGGGCCUCCGCAACCUCACAGAGAUCCUGAACGGGGGUGUCUACGUCGACCAGAACAAAUUCCUGUGCCACGCCGACACCAUCCACUGGCGUGACAUCAUCAAGAACCCCCAGGCCGAGCUGCUGGUGGUUCCCUCCAACAACAGCAACCUGGGAUGCAGACGCUGUCAUCGCUCGUGUAACGGACGCUGCUGGGGGCAUCAGGAAGACCAGUGUCAGACCCUGACGAAGACGGUGUGUGCAGAGCAGUGUGACGGUCGCUGCUUCGGUCCGUACGUCAGCGACUGCUGCCACCGCGAGUGUGCCGGCGGCUGCUCGGGGCCCAAGGACACAGACUGCUUCGCUUGCACCAACUUCAACGACAGCGGCGCCUGUGUGACCCAGUGUCCUCAGCCCUUCGUGUACAACCCCACGUCCUUCCAGCUGGAGCACAACCCCCGAGCCAGGUACACCUACGGAGCCUUCUGCGUCAAGAAGUGUCCACAUAACUUCGUGGUGGACCACAGCUCGUGUGUGCGAGCGUGUCCCAGCAACAAGAUGGAGGUGGAGGAGAACCGCAUCAAGAUGUGCAUCCCCUGCACAGACAUCUGUCCCAAAGUGUGCGACGGCAUCGGGACGGGCACGCUGCAGACGGCUCAGACCGUGGACGCCAGCAACAUCGACCUGUUCGUCAACUGCACCAAGAUCAACGGAAACCUCAUCUUCCUCAUCACAGGCAUUAAAGGGGACAUGUAUCACGGUAUCGGACCUUUGGACCCUGAACGCCUCAACGCCUUCCGCACCGUGAAAGAGAUCACAGGUUUCCUGAACAUCCAGUCGUGGCCGGAGAACAUGACGGAUCUGAGUGUGUUCUCCAGCCUGGCGACCAUCGGAGGCCGAGCUCUCUACAGUGGAAGUGGUAUUUCUCUGCUGAUCCUGAAGCAGCGCUGGAUCUCCUCCCUCCAGUUCCAGUCGCUGGAUGAGAUCAGCGCCGGGAACGUUUACAUCUUCAACAACAGCCGCUUGUGUUUCUACAACACGGUGAACUGGACCUCGCUGUUCAGGACGCCGAGCCAGAAGGUUCUGAUCCGCAACAACCGGGACCCAAAAGAAUGCACUCAGCAGCGGAUGGUGUGUGACUCCAUGUGCUCGGACGCCGGCUGCUGGGGCCCGGGCCCGGACCAGUGUCUCUCCUGUCGCUUCUUCAGACGAGGACGCACCUGCGUGGAGUCCUGCAGCCUCUUCCAAGGGGAAGUGCGGGAGUUCUCCAAUGGAUCCGUGUGUCUGGAGUGUGACAGCCAGUGUGAGCAGAUGGACGGGAACGCCAUGACGUGUCUUGGACAGGGCCCGGACCAGUGCGUGAAAUGUCUCCACUUCAAAGAUGGACCCAACUGCGUGGAGAAGUGCCCCGACGGGCUGCAGGGAGCCAACAGUUUCAUCUUCAAAUACGCCAAGGCCAACAACGAGUGUCAUCCGUGCCACGCCAACUGCACCCAGGGGUGCAUCGGGCACCGACUCCAGGACUGUGUGGGGAUGAUGGACAGGACGCCGCUAAUAGCAGCGGGCAUCAUCGGAGGUCUGUUCAUCAUCGUCAUCCUCGGGCUCAGCGUCGCCGUGUACGUCCGCCGCAAGAGCAUCAAGAAGAAGAGAGCCUUGAGGCGCUUCCUGGAGACGGAGCUGGUGGAGCCCCUGACCCCCAGUGGAACGGCCCCGAACCAGGCUCAGCUGCGGAUCCUGAAGGAGACGGAGCUGAAGAGGGUCAAGAUCCUGGGAUCAGGAGCUUUUGGGACCGUGUACAAGGGCAUCUGGGUCCCAGAGGGCGAGACGGUGAAAAUCCCCGUGGCCAUCAAAAUCCUCAACGAGACCACGGGACCUAAAGCCAACGUGGAGUUCAUGGACGAGGCCCUGAUCAUGGCCAGCAUGGAGCACCCCCACCUGGUGCGUCUGCUGGGGGUCUGCCUGAGCCCGACCAUCCAGCUGGUGACCCAGCUCAUGCCCCACGGCUGCCUGCUGGACUACGUGCACGAGCACAAGGACAACAUCGGCUCGCAGCUGCUGCUCAACUGGUGCGUCCAGAUCGCCAAGGGGAUGAUGUACCUGGAGGAGCGGAGGCUGGUCCACCGGGACCUGGCCGCCCGCAACGUGCUGGUGAAGUCGCCAAAUCACAUCAAGAUCACCGACUUCGGCCUGGCGCGGCUGCUGGACGCCGACGAGAAGGAGUACAACGCAGACGGGGGCAAGGUUGGUAUGCCCAUUAAGUGGAUGGCUCUGGAGUGUAUUCACUACAGGAAGUUCACCCACCAGAGCGACGUGUGGAGUUAUGGCGUGACCAUCUGGGAGCUGAUGACUUUUGGCGGCAAACCGUACGACGGAAUCCCCACCAGAGAAAUCCCCGACAUCCUGGAGAAGGGCGAGCGCCUGCCGCAGCCGCCCAUCUGCACCAUCGACGUCUACAUGGUCAUGGUCAAAUGCUGGAUGAUCGAUGCAGACAGCAGGCCCAAGUUCAAAGAGCUGGCUGCCGAGUUCUGCCGGAUGGCCCGUGACCCCCAGCGGUACCUGGUCAUCCAGGGAGACGACCGGAUGAAGCUGCCGAGCCCCAACGACAGCAAGUUCUUCCAGAGCCUCCUGGACGAGGAGGAUCUGAACGACCUGGUGGACGCUGAGGAGUACCUGGUGCCUCGAGGCUUCAACAUGGCUCCUCAGGCGUACAACACCCGGCCCCGGGUGGACUCCAACCGAAACCAGUUUGGCUAUCGAGACGGCGGUCCGAUCCCGGCGGAGGGCCCGGUGGGCGGCGCCGGAGCCGGCGUGAACCAGGAGGCGGCGGGGGGGUCGGCUUCUGCCCUGGACGACCAGCGCUGCAACGGGAGUCUGCAUAAAAAGAGCCUGAGCCAGGCCGGGGGGGAGGACAGCGGCGGCCAGAGGUACAGCGCCGACCCCACCAUCUUCCUCGGGGAGAGGACGUCCAGAGGGGACACGGACGAGGACGGAUACAUGACGCCCAUGAAGGACAAGAGCUCCUCAGAAUACCUGAAUCCCAUCGAGGAGAACCCGUUUGUCUCGCGGCGUAAAAACGGCGAGAUCCACGCCCUGGACAACCCGGGCUACCACAGCACGCCCAGCAGUCAGGCGGCAGGAGAGGACGAGUACAUCAACGAGCCGCUCUACCUGAACACCUUCCACACUCCGGCCGAGCUGGGCCUGGAAGCUCUGAGGAGGAACGGCCUCCCUCUCCCCAACAUGCCUCCGUCCAUCUCCGCCGGCGCCACCGCCUCCCACCUGCCGCUCACCAUCCAGACCAGCCUGCCGCACUACCCCCUCCCCUCGGCUCAGCCCUCUCCAUCCGGCUUGACCUGCCUCCACGGCCCACCCGCCCACAUCCUCCACGCCCACCACACCCUCAAACCUGCGGGACAACCCGGUGGCGUCUCCUCCGCCGCGCCGAGCCAAACGGGCGCGUCCGCCCAGUCCCAGCUGUGCCAGUCCAUCUCCCUGUCCGCCGCCGCCACGCUCGGGCACGGCAGCCUGCCGGCGUACCAGGGCCACGGAGCCACGCACCCGUCCAGCAUGCUGAAGCACGGCGGACACGCAGCACACGCAGGACACGUGUCGGCCGGGAAAACCAGCGGCAAGAAGCUCAAGGUGACCUUUGACAAUCCGGAGUACUGGCAGCACAGCUUGCCUCCGAAACCCUCGAGCCAGGCGGGUCCUGACGGCGCCCAGGGCGGCUCCACCAACGCCAAACUCUUCUACAAGCAGAACGGACACAUACGGCCGGUGGUGGCGGAGAACCCCGAGUACCUGACGGAGUUCUCCCUGAAGGCCGGCACCGUCCUGCCCCCCCCUCCGUACCGACAGCGGAACACCGUGGUCUAG